AUGGCAAAAGAAGCUUUUCCAUUGGCGACAAUCGAAUCAGAAGUUGCUAGUCUCCCUUUGCCGAGGCUUCUACCAAAUCUGGUCGCUGAUCGGGCAUCAAGAGAACCACAUAAAAUUUGGGGCUCAAUACCUGUCAAUCUUCAAAUAACUAGAGCUGGGUACGAAGAUAUAUCGUACCGCCGGCUUAACUACGCCAUCGACAGGGCAGCAUAUUGGAUGCACAAUACCCUCGAGCCAGGCAGACUUCGGGCAUUUGAGCCUCUGGCAUACCUUGGCCCUCCCGACACCAGGUACAUCAUUUUUGCCCUAGCGGCAAUUAAGGCAGGCUUUCAAAUGCUAUACCUCUCGCCCAGAAACAGCUAUGAGGUACAAUAUGCUGUUAUGAAGGAGGCAGAAUGUCAUAAAUGGCUUUUUGCAGCCGAGAUGAAACCAAAGGUGGAGGGCUUGGUCGCAAAUAGACCUCCACAAGUCUUGAAUAUGACUAGUUGUCAGACAGAGUGUUUAGACGACACUUUAAACAUUACUCCGGGAGUGGCUGAGUUGUUGACAGAUGAACCGACCCAUGCUUUUGGCUACAACAGGUCGCUCGAAGAGAUGGGACCCAUUGGUUAUGCUUCAUACAUCAAGGUGUGUGCUGGUGCCACCUACCUGACAACCGUCACUACUGGCUUGCCCCAACUGAUUCCUCUGACUCAGGGAUACGGCUUCCGUGAAGACGUCAUACAGUACUACCCGACAGAAGACAGACUGGACAUUCACACUCGCAAGCCAUUUGAUGGUGAUUGCAGAUUGUUUCUGGCCAUGCCUCUUUUUCACGCCGGUGGAGUCCUGCUAGGUCUCCUGAAAUCACUCUAUCACGACAUUGUGAUGGUGUUUCAGCCUCCGGCAGUUCCCCUGAGUGCUGCAGUCGUCAGUGGGAUCCUCCGCCACGGAAAGUGUGAUGGCACUGUCAUCCCCCCCUUCUUGAUGGAGGAGAUGCUGAGUGUUUCUGAAUAUUUCGACACUCUUGCCGCGCUUAAAUUCGUGCAAUUUGGCUCUGGACGCCUGAGCAAGUACUGUGGUGACACCUUACUCACGCGACAAAAGUCUUGCCCACAUUUCAUGGGUACUUCCGAAAGUGGGAUCGACAUGAGGUCCAUCGAUGAUUCCAGCAGCCUCUGCGAGCUUUACAUCAAGAAAAUCGGCGUUGAUAUUCCCGGAUUACAGCCUAUCUUCGAGCUCUUUCCUCACCUGACCGAGUGGGCAACGAGAGACCUCUACGUGCAGCACCCCGAAAAGCCGUGUUUGUGGCGCACCUGCGGCCGGGCUGACAACGUGAUUGUUCUGUCAACUGGUGAAAAGCUGAAUCCAGUUGACACAGAGUCACUUAUUGCAAAAGCACAUCCUGCCAUUACUGGUGCGUUGGUCGUUGGGCAGGGAAGAUUCCAGCCGGCACUACUCUUGGAAGUCAAAGGCAUAGAUCGUAACAAUGAAUCCGAGAAAAACGAGUUAUUGAACGCCAUCUGGACCACGAUCGAAGCCGCAAAUAAGACUGCUCCCAAGCACGGACAACUCACGGCGCCUUUGACACUUUUUUCGUCGCCAGAGAAGCCAUUUCUGCGCACACCAAAACUCAGCGUUAGAAGAAAGCCAACAGCAGACCUGUAUCUCGAAGAGAUCGAAGCAUUAUAUUGCCAGGUAGAAACAGAGGCGCGAAACAUUGACCACAGUGACGUUCCAAAGAAUGUCGAUCUCAGCGACCGGGAAUCAAUCCAAAAUUCUGUGCAGCUCCUUAUAGGAAAUGUAACUGGUUGGGCCACCAAUCCUUCCCAGGAGACUGAUCUGUUCAUGCAAGGAAUGGACUCACUCCAUGUUGUCCGUCUGGUCCGACCUAUAAAGGCAGCGGUGAAGGGUUCUAUGAGGCUCGAUCGAAUCGCCGAUUUAACUUCAAAAAUCAUCUAUAACAACCCAACUAUCGGAUCCCUGUCGGAAGCAUUAAACGACAUAAUUCAGGACUAUCCUACGAGUGGGCCACCUGAUAUAGGGAAAACAGAUCAAGGUGGCGCCGAAGAUCAAGCUCGCGGGAAGAGCCUUCAACAGCUAAUCGACAGAUGGACACAAGACUGGGACUGGCCUCUCGAGAUUCUAAGAAAUGGCUCAACGGGAUCCCUAGGAUCGCACAUUCUCGAAAAGCUUCUCCAUCAUCCAUCGGUUUCGAAAGUUGUGUGUUUGAAUCGCGCCGUCAAUACAGCAGCGAAAUAA